AUGGACGCUAAACGCAGCUACUACCACCGCACUCUCCAGCUCAUGCCUGGCAAGACCACUGACCGCACCUUGUCGCACAAGCUCGUCAAAGUGAAGAGGAAGGAGCAGCGAGAUGGCAGUGCUCUGUCAGGCAAUGCGACGCGCUGUUUCGUGCGCCACUGCUUCAAAUUAAGCAGCAACAACGACGACAACACCACCGCCACCGGCACCACCGGCACCAGCAGUACCAGCAGCACCAGCACCAGCACCAGCACCAGCAACAGCAGCACCAACAAAGGCAGGGGCAAAGGUGCCAUGCGUGUGCUGAAGGCGCUUCUUCGCACCAUCCCGGCACAGACCCUGUGCCAGUUCCUGUUUGGAGACACACAGUUUGCAAGGCAGCUCACUGGGCAAAACGUCCUCCAGCUCCUGAACGCUACCGACAAUGAGAGCAUUCAGAAGCAGCUUGGCUCAAGUGCCACAAGCUCGCACACCCGUCUGGCCUUGCAGGAGCUGCUCAUCGCUGACGACAGCGUUGUGCGGCUGUUGUCUCCUGCGCGCCCCUCUGCCGCCGACACCAAGCGUGGGCACCUGCGUCUGCUGAAAGCCAUCCUGAACUGUGGCCAGAGUCGUGACUCCGCGUGCGGCCGAAACAACUUUGCGUUUGUUGCUCUCGUGCAAGCGCUGAAGCCCCGCUUUGGCCAGCGCAACCUCACGUGCGAAGCUGGUUUGCCAAAGGGCUUCCGUCCCAGUCCAACACAGCACCAUACCAUGCUGAUGGCAGUCGCAGACUUCCUCAGCAAACACAAGGAGGAGGUGACGGUCAAGGUGCCGAAGAAAACACAGGUGCAACUGGCCGCAUGGGUGAUGCAAGCACAGCAUGACCUCCCCUCAAUCUUGUCGUUCAUCACCCAGCACGAUUUUGCUGUGCAUGUGCGGGAGCAGUGGCCCAACGAUUUCCACAAGAAGCUUGAAAUUGCGCUCGCAAACACUUCCAACAACACAUCGACAGCUUUCAUGAGUUUCAUGAGGGACACCCCUGACGCCAAGCACGUCGUCUUCAACGCUUGGCUGUCCCAGCUCAGUGCCACCGCCACCACCAACAGCAGCAGGGCCACCAGAACAAGUGAUAGUGCUUCUGGGCUGCAACAGCAGCAAACACUUGCGGAUGGCAGUGUUGAGCUGGCUCAGUCCGACAUCCUGACAAAGAAGCAGCGCAGUCGCCUCCUGGCCACCAUUCUCGAAAAGUGCAAGACAAGCAGCUUGUGCUCUAACUUGCUGUUGCCUGUGCUGCGCACGGCCCGUGAUGAUGCUGAGAGCGUGUGCCAGCUCUGGGCUGACGUGAAAGCAACUUCCAAGGCCAACAGUGCACUGCAACAGUGGCUGUCCAGCCACGGCAGUCGCCACACCCGUCGCCCAAGCAGCUCGAGCACUGCGGAUCACCUCCAAGUGCCUGUGAAGCAGCUGCUUGCCAAUGCGCACGAGUUGGAUCUUGUGCUGCAGCGCCACGUUUCUGCUCUCACUCCUCCACCUCAGGCGCCCAAUGAUGAUGCCGACGACGAGGUCAUUGCUGCAAGCAGAGCAAACGAGCAGAGCAGGCACGUGAAUAAGAGCAGUGAUGCGCCAGAGAACAGCCUGGAAGUUCCGCAAGACGCGCCCAGCAGUGCCAGCGCAGAGCACAAAGUCCCCUCUGAUAACGUUGCUUCGACAUCGACAGCACGCAGCACGCAGCCUUGGCCAACUUGUCGCGGUGCAGACCCUCUGCGGCUGAAACCUGUCUCACAACUGGUUGUGGCCUGUGUGUGCAAUACGCCCUCGAUGACCUUGUUGGAGCAGCUGGUGAGCGCCACACAGGAGAACGUCGCUUGCGUUGACCUGAAUCGAGCGGGUGCUGCCCAAGAGGUGCUUGCCGUUGUACGCAAAGGCGUGUGCGCGCUUGCUUCGGCAAGCCACAGCUCUGGCCGCACCAGCGACGCCGAUCUGUGCCGUGUGCUCAAGCUCCUGCAAACUGGUGCACAUGACAGCCAUUCCCACCAUCCCACGUUCCACCAGCUGGGCGUGGACGCUCUUGCUUUGAUCCGGGUGCCCACGUCGUACCGCAGCAUGAUGCAGCACGUGGCCCUGUGGCAGUGCAUCCUCAGCGCUGACUCACCACGUGCGUGGGCAGAAACGCAGACUGCGCAGGAAGCGCACAGGGUGUUGGUGCAGGAGCUGCAAGCCUGGGCCGAUCUCAAGAAGACGAGCCGCGAUGUUGCUGUUGUCCGUGCACAAAGGCAAGCGCUCACCUCGUUGCUGUCCCUCGUCACGCACGCUGGCCAUUGCGCAGAGGACAUUGUUACCGCAGCAUUUGCAUCACAACAGAAACUGGAGGAAGAAAGCCAACUGGUUGGCGCCUUGCACAGCUUGUUACACCAUCUGCUGCCGUCAGAUGUUUGGCUUGAAAGGCUUCAGCGUGAACUGGGCACAUGGAGAGACCAAUCACUAUCGCGCGCCUCCAACUCAAGUCGCUGGCAAGGCAUCCUACAAUGGAGCCAAGCUGAUGAUCUGCGCACUGUUUCUGAACGGGCUGACAGCCUCACCUUCCGCGCUUACGUGAGACACAUCCUGGCUCUCCAAGACAACCGCGAACAACUCAUUAACAACAACAACAACAACGACGACGAUGACGACCACAACAACAGCAUGUCCGCUGAUCUUCAUGACGAUGACGAUGACGAUGGCGAUGGCGAUGACGGAGAUGCUAGUGUUGCCCGCCAACCCGACAUCUCCCACUUCCAGCCAUCAGCUUCUGCUGCGCACAGGGCGCUUGCAACAGCGGUGAAGACCCAACGCGACCAUGCCAACCACUUUCUCCAUCUUUCGGAAGCAACACCACUGCGUGCCUUGGAGGUGAUGUGGGGCAAUCUCAGCGCUGAUCAAGUCGCACCUGAAGUAGACAUGCUGUUUCGCGUCCUUGGUCGAUCCCAACGAGGCACAAGCACACGUACCAGCAUCCGCGAUCUCAAGGCACAGCUCACGAGCUACGCUCAGCGCAAGGAGUACGAAGCCCGAGCCACCGAUCUGCAGCACGUGCUGUGCGUGUGCGAACGUUUUCUCGCGUCAAACACAUCGCACCUAACACAGACCAUUCAAGCCGUGUUGCAGCCUGAUGCUGGCGACGAGCAGACGCUGGGGGUGCUGCAUCGUGCCGUGCAGCGCGUCGAGGGUGUGAUAACCCGCUCUGAGGUGUGGGACGUCGUGCAUGAGCUGGCACACUCAGCAGAUCUUCUUGAAUUCCUUUACGAGCAACGCCACGAGGACGUCCGCCACUACACCGUGAGUGCAGAGGCGUUUGCCUCCGAUGCAUACAUGGCAACGUCGGAGCAGGUCAAUGCCUUCAUUCAGCUGCACUCCUUCAUGGCGCCCCUGAUUUUGGAGAACGAGAAAGCCCCAGAUUUCGAGUCAUACCUACAGAAACUUCACGAGCGAUACGAUCAAACGCAAGCGCCACUGCAGACCGCAGGCACACGAUUCGCCGCCGACCGUACUGGUGCUGCUAUGCGCCGCGACUCACUGUCGCAGCUCCUUCGCAUCUGCAAUACCAGCUUGCCUCGCUUGAAGAUGUUCGUCGAGACUGUGUCCGAUCGUGGCGCUGCUUCUCGCGAGAGAAUCCGAAAGAUCAUGGACCCUUCAUUCCAUGCAUGCGUUGAGUUCCACUGCGACACGCUGCACCAGACUGCUGAUUUCACCCUCGUGCUCGUCGGGGAGGAGGGGAACACCAGGCUUGGCCAACGUGACAUCAGCGACCUUCGUGCGCGCGCUUGCCUGCUCUCUGCGGAUGAGGAUUCAGAGGUGCGUGAGACCAUGCUGCAGUUUCGUAACCUCUUGCGCGACGUCGACGUGGCCCUGGUGCAGCUUACAAAACUGGCCAAGAGCGGGCAUCUCGGCGAGUUCAGCAGCAAUUACCGCAGACGCAUUCCCUGUGUGCAUCGCCCUGAUGAGCAUGAAGAGUCGUUGCAAGGGUAUGCCGAAGAACUCGUCCAGGACCUGCGCAUGUGGAACACCAGCCUGCAGCGCGCACGAGCAAGGUUCCCAGCCCUUGCCCGGCUCUCAAACAGGCAGCUUGUUGUUCUGUUCCAGACCCAUUUUCUCUGUGAAGACACGGGCGACUUUGAUGAGCAGGAGAGCCUGCAGCUGUUGGCGUUGCUGUUUGGUUCCCACGUGGACAGCGUGCAGUUUUCAGACUGGGCAGGCGAUGAUGGCCUGUUUGAUGUUGAAGGUCUGAGCGGCGAGGAAGCGCUAUACGAGCUGGGCAUGGCGCUAUCCGAUGUGCAAGACAGCAUCGGCAGCAAUGCCACGUCUGCCCGAGCGCUGAUGGCGCGAGCUAGCACGCCUCCACCUUCGCCCUUCCAGCACGGCGCCAAACACGACGUCGUGCGCGUCAUGCUUGCAGACAACGACAUGACCACAGCAACAUGCGUCCUCGCAGCUUUCACUGAUGCCAACCUGCGGUUCGCUCCAGCACAAUGCCUCUUCUGCUCCAAACACACGGACCCAGACACACUGCACCUGUUCCUCCAGCGCAGCCAGGACCCUGGUGCGGGCGCGCCAUUCGUACUUGUGCAUCCUGGCCGCCUCAGCAUCGAGGCACAGGCGCACCUCAAGGCCGAGCUGGGGCAGUGGACAACUACGCCGUGCUCACCUCGUCACUCCAGGGCGCCUUGCCCAGACAUGGAACGACGCCCAGGCAUGCAAUUGCGCGGGCGUCCUCUGCCUCGACUCAGCGUCGUGUGUCAGCGCACGACACACGCGCAGCUGCUCGUGGAUAUCAGUGGCGUGGACUUGGAGGAUGUUGCCAGUAACAUCACCGCCGCCAACGACUUCAAAGUCCAAGUCGACCUGCAUAUACAGGACAAGGGAGACGUCACUGUGGUGACGAGUGAAAUGGCACAGCAAGGAAAGUCCACGUGGAUUCAGGAGCAGAUGCGCUCUGCCGAGGCUGAUGCCGAGCAGCGGCCCUGUACGCUGUUGGUGUCCGGCCACGACACAUUCGAUACACUGUUGGGGAAGCUUGCUGCCCUUCCUGGGAUCAGCAGCGAUGGUAGCACACCGCGGGCCAUACACAUUGAUGUUGGCGCAGCCCUCAAUGUGGAGCCCGACUUGAACAUGCAUUUGUUUCAGCUGCUGGUGCUGCGCUGCUUGGCCAGAGACGAUCGCGUGUGGCACAUCCCACCCUCACUCCGUGUGUUUGUUGAGGUCGGCAACACGCUCAACAGCGGACUGCUUGACGAGCUGUCCUUGACAACAGCAGCCCCGUUUCGUGCACACAGGCUUGCCUGGGAUGUGUCGAACGUCACCGUGUCCACCGACAUUGAGAGCCCGAUGCAGCUUGCCUGCCGCUACUUGGACCUCUUGCACACCAAUGACAUGUCCACUGCAUAUGUUGAGCCGCACCUCACGUACGGCGCAGAGAUUGCCACCACAGUCUUCGUCGAUAUUCCAACGUUGCCGCGGGAGCGCUGCCUCGAGCUCCUUCAGCACUACUUCCCGCGUCUGCAAGAGGGGCAUGCCUCGUUUGCCGAGCUCAACGCUUUCCUUCGAGUGACAGCACAGCAGCUGCCGCGCAUGUUCACGAGUGCGUAUGUGCAACAGCAGAUGCUUUGCGCAUACAUGGGGCUAUCGCCAGAGCAAGCGCGCCAGAUACGCCGAGGCAUGGUCACAGCUGUGGUGGACACAGUUCGGCGGUUUGCCGUGCCUUCUGCCGACGCAGUGAGGCAAGCACAGCACCACCACCAGCACUCGCAAGGAACCAUGACAGAUGACAUGCUGCGCCGCAUGGAGCGUGUACCGGCGUGGAUUCAGACUGGCGCGGGAUCAGGCGCGACGCACUGGAUGCUGUGCGCUGCUGACGAUGGGUGUGUGUACCCUUUCUACACUGACCCGCAGGCUGUUCCACAGGAGGUGCAACGUUUCUUUGAGGCACAGCUCGCGCCGCUCAGGUCAAUGGUUUCACACUCUUCGAAAGAGCUGUUUGAGCGCGUUCAGCAUCUGCUUGACCACACCAAUACCAGAGAGCAGGGCCAGUACGCCAUGACGCUGGACAACAUGCUGAAGAUGGUGCUGAUCUACAUCCGCAUCACCAACAACGUGCCGUGCAUUCUGAUGGGCCACGCAGGUUGCGGCAAAACGUCCCUCUUCAAGCAGCUGGCAGACAUGCGUCGCGACGUGGUGUACGACGGUGCGUUGGCCAUCCAUGCAGGCACCACUGCACAGGACAUUGUUGCUUACGUCAACGCAGCCAUCACACGUGCCACGGCAGCGGCAGUGGCAGAAUCAGCAGGCAAGACCGUGUGGGUCUUCCUUGACGAGAUCAACACGUGCGAACACCUCGACCUGCUGUCCGACAUCAUUGUGCGCCGCCGCUGCGGCUCCCGCUCCAUCCCGGACAACGUCAAGAUUGCGGCUGCGUGCAACCCGUACAAGCGCCGUGACCGCCCAUCACCAACACCAGGGCUGGUCACCACGGAGCGCCAGCCCAUUGACGCGCAGUCGCACCUCAUGUACCGCGUGCACCCGCUGCCGGAGGCGAUGCUGCCGUACGUGUGGGACUUUGGCGAGCUGUCCGCUGGCGACGAGCGACUGUACAUGGGCAGCAUGGUGGACGGCCUUGGGCUGGACCAGGACGAGAAGAACGCAGUCGUGCACAUGCUGUAUCAGUGCCACGACUUCUUGAGGACGCAGACAGACCACAUGAUCAGCUUGCGUGACGUCAAGCGCUUCUGCACGCUCUUCAAGUUCUUCAAGACGUGGCGGCAGCGCCGUGGCGAUCUUGCGCACAACAAGUGCGUGCGUGACGUCCGCGUGGCGGAGCUCACGGCGAACAUGCACGCCGCGUGGCUGUCGCUCAUGCAGUGCUACAUGGUGCGCCUGUCCGACAAUACGCAACGCCGAACGCUACUGAGGAGAUGCAUUGGUGGUGAUGAGCAGCAGGCAAAAGCCAAAGCAUUGUUGAAGUUCAUGCAUCAGGAGCAGCUGGACAUGGUGGACCGCAUGGACAGGCGGCCACCGCAGUUCCAGAACUUGGCGGAGAACGCGGCCUUGCUGGAGAACACGUUUUCCAUUGUCGUGUCGCUGCUCAACCGCAUCCCCAUCUUCCUCGUCGGUAAGCCGGGCAACAGCAAGACGGUGAGCAUGAGCCUCGUCAACAACAGUCUCCGCGGCCCAGACUCGCGCGACCCGCUGCUCAAGUUGUACCCGGGCAUCACCGUGUUUGCGUACCAAGGCAGCGUUGAGGCGACGAGCGAGGGUAUCCUGCAGGUGUUUGCUCGUGCGGAAGCGUAUCUGCAAACAGCCAGCAACGACAACGUGCUGCCCGUGGUGGUGCUGGAUGAGGUUGGACUGGCCGAGUACUCGCGCCACAACCCGCUCAAGGUGCUGCAUGCAAAACUUGAGCCGCCAGACGGCAGCGAGCUCCGUGUUGGCGUCGUUGGUAUCUCCAACUGGGCGCUCGAUGCGGCGAAGAUGAACCGCGCACUGCACAUCUCCCGACCAGAGCUGUCUCGUGAUGAGCUACGGAGCACCGCUGACGCAAUUGCGCAGAGCUUUCGCUCGCAGUCCAGCGACGGGCAUGCCAGUGCGCACAGCAGCGACGGGCAUCCACAACGUGGCAGCGGGCCUCGCCUGACAGAUGGUCUGAGGCCACGGGCGUCUUCGAGGUUGAGGCUGCUUGAUAUUACUCUGCGUGCUCUGGCUGACGCGUUCAGCAAGUAUAUCAAAACACGCACUGACAGCAGAUUGGGCGGGAAGCACAAGCGCUGCUUCUUUGGCCUUCGCGACUUUUACAGCGCCUGCAAGACUGUGUGUCGGAACCAACAGCGUUUGGGGGCGAGUGUGCUUGCCACCGCCCUCAUCCGAAACUUCUCCGGCACGCUUGGCAGUGCCAAUGCUGGCAGCGGCCACCACGACGGUGUGGGCGAAGGAUAUGGCAGCGGUGCUGUUGGGGACGCUGGUGGGGAGGCACCAGCAGAUAAUGGAGGUGUUGACGCCACUUCCCACCCGCAGCAACAGAGCGAGCAUGCACUCAUGUUCCGGCUUGUUGUUCAGCACUUGGUACAGCACAAUCUGGUUGAGCUCGCAGUCGACCUGCACACCGCGUUGGAAGCGGCCAGCAGCAGGAUGUCAGAGUGCAUCAAAGAGAACCUGAGCGACUUUGAAGCGCGCCAUCUCCUCAUUGGUUCUGUUGGUGAUGCAGCGCUGUCCAUCUUGGACACGAGCAACGCUCUCAUCAUCCGCGGCAGUCAGUUUGAGGCGGACAUGAGCAGCGAGGACCACGCGUACGACGUGCUGAGCCGGAUCAUUGUGAAGAUGGAGCAUGGUGGCAUGCUGGUGCUGGUGGAUCUUGAUUCCGCCUAUGGCAGCCUGUACGACAUGCUGAACCAGAGCUACACCGUCAUUCAGGGUCGCCGCAACUGCACCAUUGCCUUGGGCUCUUACAGCAACCCCUUGUGUCCCGUGCACGACACGUUCCGCUGCGUCGUGCUGAUGGAUCGCGAGAAGAUGCAGACGUAUGACCCACCCUUUCUCAACCGCUUCGAGAAGUACCUGCUCAGCUUCACAGACGCGUUGACGAGGGACCAGCGGGACGUGUGCGCGCAGGUGGAGAACUGGCUCACGCGCAUCGUUGCGCGUGGUCAGGACACGUCCACCGUAACGCUGCAGGACAAGACGAGGGCCAUCCCUUGCUACAGCGACAACCUGGUGCCAAGCCUGCUGCUCAAGUACUUGCGCCAUGACCCGAGUCGAGGUGGCGCGAUGGCAGCGGCACUGCCAAUGUCUGCGGACCACCAACACGACGCCUUUGAUGUGGUGCGGCAAGGGCUGGUGAACCUCAUGUCCCUUCAGUUUGUGGCGUCGCUCUCUUCCUCAGUGUCAGACAGGGACGAGUUGAGCCGCGACAAGCGUGCCGUGUUUGAAGAAUACAUGCGCAGUGCCAGCCAUCAUUCCCUUGCUCUUCUACUGCAGCACAUUGGCUGGUUCGAAGAUGAUGACAACAACAACGACGGCAACCUUGCUGACCAUGACGAUGAUGAUGAUGCUGACGAUGGUGAUGAUGGUGAUGGUGAUGGUGAUGACAGCGUUGGAGAAAGUGGUGCCAAUGCUGGCCGCGACGACAUGCGCGAUGCCGAUGAUAGCGGCGGCAGCCGCGAGGCAACCGCAAGCACAUCUGCGCACACCAACGGGGCUGCGGUCCGAAAACUCAUCGUGGUCACGCGCUCAGCCAUCUUCCACCCUUUUACAGAGCUACCAAACCAUUCCACACUGCGCCUGUGCGACGUGAGGUCUGAAGCCGCCCUGACUCACCGCCUGAAUGAGGCAUGGCGGACAACGCCCAACAACGGUACGCUGGUCGUUCAGUUCUCGCUCAGCGACCUGCGCCACUUUACCUUCACGCAGGACAAAAUCAAGCAUCUUCUCAACACACCUGCCUCUGAUCAAGGGCACAUUGCUGUCCUUGAACAUCAGCACCAGCGACAAGGAUGGCAUCAAAGGGGGCAGGAACAGCAAGAGCGACAAGGAUGUCAGCAAGAUCAGCACGAUCAGCACGAUCAGCACGAGGGCCACCAGCUACACCAGCGUCUGCGGCACGGCAGUCCUCCAAUGCGACAGCAGAAAACACAUCCUCGACGUCUCAUCCUGUGCAUUCACAUGCACUCCACGACCAAGGAGCACAAGGAGCACACCAAGGAGUUGGCGCUGCUCAGGACAAUCAUGGCCUCACCGGGUUGGCACAUGCACUAUUGCGACGACUUGUCGGGCUUGCUGUCUGCUGGUACAGCUGCAGAGCUGCAAGCAGGGCGAACGCGUGACGUGGCUCAUCGUCACAUGCCACCCGCCGACCGCACCAACCGUGCUCUGUUGAACCUGUUCAGCAAGUCUCUGAAGAGUGCCGUGCGGGAUGACGAGCACUCGCUCCUGUUCUACCAGCAUCUCGUCCGCGAGGAAGGCAUGUGGUGGUGGUGCUACUCGCGAAUGAACUUCUCACAUGUUCAGCACCAGCUGGACUGCGCGCGGUCGUCAAUGCAGCGCCUUUUCCCGCACCACCACGCGCGCCAACUUGACACUAUGGACACCCGUGGCGCCGGCAGUUCUGCAGGAUCACAUCACGGCCAGGCAGCGAUGGCACGCGGUUUUCGCGAGUGCAUUGCACUUGCCGCUGUGCAAGCGCUGGAUGAUGCGCCUGCGUGGGUAACCCGGCUUGCUGGGGAAGACAUGCACCAGCCAACCUUUGGCACGUUUUCGCAACGGCUGGUGACCAGCGUGCGGGAGACGGUGCUCUCCGCGAUUGCGCGCGUUCUCUUCCACUUGGAGCGCUUCCAUUCCGUUCCAAACGCCACGCAGGUGGCCGAUGCAGACGCACGCGCCAUCCUGGCUGAGCUGCACAUUCCCGAGCGCACAUAUGCCGGGAUGGUCACUGGCAUGUUCCCCGGCUUGUUGGACGCGUUUGGCCCCAGCAGCAGCGUCGUUGGCAGCAGCAGCAAUGGUAUCGACACCCAGCUUGGUGCAAUGUCGCUGCAGCUGCCAGAGAAGCACGUCUCGUACAACAGCGUGCUGCCGCUGUCGGAAGCGCUGUUUGCUGUGCUGGAGCAACUGCCCAGCAGUUCAGACCGCGUCGUGCGCUUGGAUGCGUAUGUCACCCUGGCGACUGUUGGACUCGGCAGUCAGGAGGCUUCUACCACGUCUGCACCUCCGUCAUCGAGUGUUACGACGCUCACGCGGUGCGUGGGCGCGCUUCUGCUCGUUGAUUGGGUUCGUUUCAAGGACCUUCACGCCGGCGCAAGCACGCGGGACAUCUGGUGUGGACUGCGCAUGUGUGUUGGCCAGCUGACGCAAAUCACGAACGUGCAUCAACUCGAGCGUGCAUUGCAGAUACUUCAAGACAAUGAGGACACUCUCUGCGCUUUCUUUGGUCUCCUCUCGCUUGCACGUCGAGCGAACACACACGUCAAUCUGCUCAACAUGAGUUCACUGCAGCGCAGACGAGGCAGGGGUGCGCAUCUUGCCAAUGAUGCUGGUGACGAUGAUGAUGACGACGAUUACGACGAUUACGACGAUUACGACGACGAAGGCAGUGUACAGGAUAAAGACGCCGGUGACCAUGAUGAUGACGACGGUGAAGACAUACUUGAUGAUUGUGGCCUGGACAUUGAUGGCACCGGGCAUGGCAGUGUUGCCCCCAGUGAUGCCUCCACCACUCUCGUGCGACUCGUGUGCCAGGACAUUGUGAAACGCUUCAAUCGCGCAAUGGACCAUGGUAACACUGCGGAGGGUGUUACCGAAGCCUAUGCUGCCCGAACUCUCAACCAGCACCUGGCAGCGUUAGUUCGCGUCCGGUCCGCCCAGCGAACAGGUGGUCCUGUUGCCGCACGUGACAGCGGUCUGAUCGACAGUCGCUCACGCGACAGCGCGCUACGCGUUCGCCGAUUUGGCAGUGGCAACAGAACCGCCACUGACACGACCGGUGGCAUUACGCCCGCAGCCGUUGCUGUGGCGCCAGCACAGGUGCUCCGCGCAAACGUGCUCAAUGCGCUGCUGUGCGGUUGGCAGCGAAACCCGCAGCUUGCCGUUCGCCCGCUCGUCCGCGAUAUCGACGCGCUGUUUGCUUCACCCACGCCGCUCACCACGUUCAUCAAGAGCGUGUGUGCGGAAGACGAGAGGCUGUGGGAGAUUGCUGAGCCCCGUCGACGGCUGGUGUCGGAUGCCCUGGCGCUGUUCAGCCAGCUGCUGGACCUUGGCUUUUCUGCCAUGGGGCACAAUGUACAACGGAAGCUCCUGGGGAUUUUGUGCCGCAGAACCACCCAUGCUGCACGAGACGCGUGCAGUGUGUGCUUGGGAAACUCGCUCACACACCGCGUCAUCGCCUGCCAGCACGCGUUCUGCUACAGCUGCCUUGAGCAAUGUGUGCAGCUCUCGCAACCGUGCCCGUUGUGCCGAGGACCGCUCCGCGGCUUGGCCGACAUCCAGCAGUUGCCGCAGGAGGAGGCUGCCACCACGCAACGCACGGAGCGGGCAGUGUCACAGGCUCACCUCUGGCUCCCACACACGGGCAGCGCAGUGCGAACAGCGGUGUUGAAGUUUGCUACAGGCGCUCAGGACGUUGAGUCCUUGAUGACACAGCCACCGGGACCACUCUUUGCUGGAAUGGCUGCUGUCUUGGGUGCAAAUGACUUUGAUGCCACCCGAAGCUCGCCCAUGCUUGUGCUCACCGUGGACGUGCUUGAGGGCGCAGUGUUGCCAGGCAUGCUCCAGGCUGCCCCCGCUGUCGCUGUUCUGUGCGUGCAAGGGGUGCUUGCGCGCUGUCUCGAUGCCGUACAGCAGGUGGACGAUCGCGGCGUUUUCACUAGGGAGACGGUGCGUGAUGCAGCUGUUGGGGUGGCCGUGCAGCGCACAUGCAUCCGCCUCAUUGCCGAUGCACUCCUUGAGCAACGGGAGGACGACCUGUUUCCAGACGUUUUGCAAAUGCUGUUUGGCGAUGACGAUACGCCAAUGCAGGCUGCACCACCAAGUUUGAAGCAACGUCGCCUCUUCCUGCUCAAAUCCCUUCGACAGAACCGCGACCUGCAGGGACUUCGGGCCGUUCUGCAAUUGCACGAGCGGCGCCUGCCGUGGCUGACCAGCCUCGAGUGGCCGGACCAGGAUGCCUGGCUCGUGCCUUUCAUUCCUUUUGCCGUGCCCAGCCAAGCCGCCUCAUUUGCACAGUGGAAUCAGCUUCGAAUGCACCAACAGCACCACCAACAGCACAACCCACAGCAGCAACAGCCAGCUGGGGCAGACGUUGGACCGGACGUUGGACCGGGCGUUGUUGCCAAUGUCAUGGCCCGCAUGAACAUGCGUCCGAUUGCGGAUGAAGCGCGACCGGCUGUCCUCAAUCACCCGGUGUUCACAGUCGCCCCAGCCCAUCACGAGGCCAUGACGGCGGUCAUUAACCGCCUUCCACGCCACCAAGUGUGGGGCACAAACUUGCGGGCGGACAGCGAAGCGGAGAGAACCUUGUUGAACCAGCGCCUCGAGCACGCGCGACUGCUCGUGUUGCACUUGGCGAGUGUCUUGCUCGAUGCUGAGCGAGAAGGCAGGGACCUCGGGCUUCUCCAUAUGCUUGCACAACCACCUCAAGACAUGUCCCCACUGUUCGUGCCUGCAUCCGCAAACGACGAAGCAAGUGGCGCCAUCAACGCAGUGCGUGACCGCUCAGCAACCUACAAAUGCCAAUGUGGAGAAAUGUAUGCUGUUGGUGAUUGUGGACAAUUGAGCGGCCGUGGAACCUGCGCGCGGUGUGGAAGUCCCAUCGGAAGAGAAUCUGGGCACAACCGCGUCGCUGGACGUGGCAUGAUUGCACCACCACCCUUUCAUUACCUCAACACCCACCACCUCCGACAACAGCAGCAGCAGCAGCGACCUCAGCAUCAGAGACAGCAGCGAGGAUACUUCCCCCUUGCGUUCCAAAAUUUGCAACGAGACGGUGAAGGAGUUCGACACCUGUCUGCACGCAGCGCUGGCGUCUUGGACAUGAUCGUGCAUGCAAGCUUGCUUGUCGCUGCGUGCCGAGACGCUGCGUCUGAUGCCGCUGUGCGUCGCCUCCUAAAUGAGCAGCUUCCGUUUGCCACCGAGCAGAGCUCGGCGGCUGCGCUUCUUCGUCGCAUUGUGGGCGUGCUCGAGAGGCUGGAGACCACGCUUGAUGCGAACACACGUGCCGUGAGUGGACUUGUAAACCGUAUUGCGCAGCGUCUCAUGCACCCUGUGCCCGGUGAUGAGGCGGCAUCAGUUCCGCUGGAUGCAGACCUGCGCACGGAGCAAGGACGCGGUGCCUUUGAGCAAGCCUUCCAUGCACUAGCAGAGCAGGUCAUUGGCACGAAUCCCCAGCAGUGCGGCGACGCCAUCAUAUCGGACCUCAACCGCCAGCACGGUGCUCGCAGCAACUGGCUGACCCGCCAAGUAUUUGAGCGUCGAAGUGUUGCGAGUGGUGCUGGUACUGACGACAAUACUGAUGGUGCUGCCAAUGGUGGUGAUGGUGGUGGUGAUGAUGAUGAUGAUGAUGAUGAUGAUGAUGAUGAGGAUGAGGAUGAUGAUGGUGAUGACCCUGUUCCUGAUGUUGGUGAUGGUGAUGGUGAUGGUGAUGGUGAAGACACUCAGAACAACAUCCACGACAACCAUACCAACGACGCGGAGGAUAUGGCAGAAGAAGAAGACGAAGGCGUGCUUUGGGGCUGUUGGCGUGUUGCGAAGCAGCCUGAUGCCGGGUCACUGCUGGCGGCGUACGCAAACGACACCCACGCGCAACGCCAGUUCCCACUCAUUGGCACGUGUGCACGCAUGCGACAUGUUCUGCCAUUCUGUCGUCUGAUCGUUCCGUUGACUGCGUGGUACAUUCGUGUUCGACAGCACUUUGAGGACAAGGUGAUCUCCCGCGGAGAAACGGAGGGUGCUGAUGCCAUGACGCAUGCAGCACUGAUUCAGCAAAUGCAAGGGAGUGGCCGUGGCGAAGAUGCACAGCGCUGCUUUCACGCAUUCCAGCAGGCCUGGAAUGAGGUUGUUGAGCAUCAAGCGCUGGUGUUUGGUGGUGUGACUGUGUCCGCUAAUGGAACGCUCGUGCGUGACGAGGAGGCCGAGUUUGGCCGCAUGGACUGCACGACACUGCAGCGCAUGCCCUCCAUGAACGACGACAUGCCCGUGGGGUUCUCUCUCCUCUCAGACAGCGGAAGCGGACGCCACUUGUACUUUAUGCUGCGAAGGCUUGCAGCCAUUCAGACCGAGCACAUUGAACACGUGUUGGCCACGUGCGAGGAGAGCGUGAAUGCGCAGAGGGCGGUGCAGCACGCGAGUGGAGCGUCCAUCGUCGUUCCCAACGUCAGCGUGACGCGGGCGCGCCCGCAGCUUGUGGUGUCGGCCGUGGUGACGGAAGACGUCCUUGCUCACGUGUAUGCGCACACCAGUGUUGGCAGUGGCAAUCAGCUCGUCGCUAACUGGCAAGCUGUGCAGGACAUUCUUCUGCAGCACACGUUUGUGGGCAAGGUGGGCUUCCGCCCCGUGGAACCAGCCACCUUUGGUUUCCGUUUUGGGCGAGAGCAGGGCGAACACUUUUUGCAAAUGUGCCACGAGCUGCAGCGCCGCUAUGCGAAUCUCUGGCAGGACAUUCCGCCCCAACGCAAGGACGCAAUGACGACCGCAUCUGAGUUGAGGCAGAGGGUCGACGAGCUGCGCGGAGCACUCGAGGUGCUUGUGCUGCAACUCAGGACACGCCUUGCACAAGUGCAUGGCGAUGGAAGCCUGAACCUGGACAGCGAUCGCGCGGACACGGACGACGGCAGCGAACCCGCAAGAACCAGCCGUGGGAUAUCUGUGGAGGCAAUGCUGCAGAAGAGUUUGGAGGAGUUUGUCAGGACCGUGUUGCCGCAAGGAAACAGCACCACCACAACCGUCCUGCGCCGAUGCGAGUGUCACAACCUCAGGGUUGCCCAAGUGUUCUCCUUGUUGGAGCUGGUGUACGAGCAACUGAUUCUGCAGGAUGCACAUGGAAGCCACGCUCACGACAUCCAAGACGAAGUGGCAGUGGUGCAGGAGCUGCAAACUGCCAUCCGUGAAGGCAAGCUUGUGCCAGAAGCGGCCAUGUACGGUUUGCGACACUUUUUCGUGUGCUCCUACUACCUGGACUACCGUCAUAACACGGAACACUCGCUCAGCGACUAUUGGGAGGCGCUCCUUGACAGACCAGAGUUUGUGCCUGUACACUUCAACAAAGAGCAGAUGCAACUGCCAUCUUCGCUGCAAAUGAAACAUGUACCAUCACUGUACGUGUGGCUGGAUUUGCACUCAUGA